UUCUGUUUCUAUCCUCCUCGACACUACCUUCCCCUCUUAGAUUGCUACCUUCAACUCCUUUUUCAUUGCCACAAGUGCAUGCUCGCACCCAUUCAUGGUACACUUCUGGAAAGGGAAGCAGAAGGCUACCACGGAACAGGUCGAGAGAUGGCGAAGAGACGAUGAAGAUGAGGAAGGCGCCAUAAUCGAACUGCAAUACGUCGGGACGGGGGCUAAUGACCAGACGUACACAGUCCCUCUCAAAUUUGGCUCCGCAGAGCAGACAGUCUCGCUCCAAGUCGACACCGGGUCGUCAGACAUCUGGAUAGCAUCCUCGCUCUGUUCCUCGUGCAACUCGGAUGCAAAGAAAUACGACCCGAAUUCGAGUCAAACUUCUCAGUCCUCGAACGUAGCCUUCAAUAUUGAUUAUUUGCGGGGAAAGGUUACGGGGACUAUUUAUUGGGAUACUGUGAGUGUGGGAAACUAUAGUGUUGACAACCAAGCUUUUGCUGCUGCGACGGACGUUCAGGAUGAACCCCUUUCCGGUAGUUUCAACGGCGUAUUUGGGCUUGCUCUGCCGGGUAACAGUAUCAUUUACAAUCUCAUACCUGGAGGGACGGCGGUCAACGGUCGUGAUGGUGCCCUCAUUACCUCCAAUCUCUUCUCAAUCUCUCCUAGCUCGUCAGCUCCCGCCGCUCGUUUCAUAUCCCUCACCCUUUCCCGCCCUGGAUCCGACACCAUACCUUCCCUGAUGGGCAUAGGAAGACACCCACCAAAGUCCGCAAUACCGUCAAUAGGAGAUGGAACACAAGUCGCAUAUUCUGCGCCUAUUGCAAGUACUAACGACAAAGGUCCUAUCGGUACUAUUUUCUGGAAGACGAGCGUGAAGGAUAUCACUGUAUGGGUCAAUAAUCAACCCCGGGUUGUCAAAUUGAGCCGUAGCGGGAUAGGGGGGACUGGAGGUGCAGGGCCUUUCCCUACUGCAGUCCUAGACACCGGUAUACCCCUCAUUUACUCCACAAAAGUGAUUGCAGAUGCUAUUUAUGGUGCUAUCGGCAUCUCUCCCGCGAGUGAUGGGUUUUACUAUAUGGACUGCAAAACACCUUUGAACUUGACAAUAACCCUUGACGACCGCCCACCUAUCUCGUUGCAUCCCCUGGACCUCACUGUUGAGCCACCGCGAGAUGCCACCUCCGUCAAUUGCAUCGGUCUCAUUCAGGCUGCAGACGGUGCCAUCCAAAGUGCAAAUGCAGCGGACAUGAUCUUAGGUGUUCCGUUUCUUCGAAACGUUUACAUGGUCAUGGCCUACCAAAUUCCCAACUCUAACGGUACCUUCCCUGACAUACGACCUCCAGAUAAUGCCGGUCCCACUCCUUUCAUCAGCGAAUCCCGUCUUCGACUGGGUCUGCAGGGACUCACAGAUCCUAGUGUUGCUAUGAACGAAUUCAACCGUGUCCGCGUUCAGGGGCUUCCCAUUGAUGAUGAUGGAAACAGAUUCAUUGGAAAUUCGGAGAACAAGAAAAAAAUCAGUGUUGGCCUUGAAAUUCUCUUUGGAUUAGUUGGAUUUGUUAUUCUGUGUGUUGGAUUGUUCGGCUUGAGGUGGUGCUUAUACCGGCGAAAGUACAAAGCAGCCAAUGCGGUUGAUACCCGAAGAGAACUGGGUGCGGCGGCAGAUGCUGGUGCAACUGCUAUCAGUGGUUCAAGUCUCUUCAGGUGGUGGAAAAAGCAGAAAAGCCCGGACGACAAUGAGAAGAAAAUGGGCACCUACGAGCUUGCGGCUGGACGCUGGUCUGAGGACGAAUUUGUACAUCACGAAGAUGUGCUCCGGCGGCGCAAGUUCGACGAGUACAUGCGUAGGGAGAGGUUAAAAUCGGAGUAUACCGUAAGCAGCUCUUAUACGCAUGUAGAUGUCGAGGAAGAUCCCACCUCGAAGGAUAAGAAGGAUCCUGACGUUGAGAUGCUGGACACGCUUAGCGAGCGUGAUAGUGUCGGUCAUAGUGUUGAUCCCCACAACGAUAUAAACCGUGAAUGGGAUCCUGCGAAGGAAUUGGAUUGGAGUCAGAAUCGCGAUACGCUGGUUGGUCGCGACUUCGAUAAGGAUUCGUCACCGGAACGUACUCCCUUAUCCUCUCGGCGACUAUCCAAUAAUUCUGUCACCUCGCCUCUUCCCGUUCAUUCGCGUUCGAUCAAAACCCGACACCAUCGCGAUUCAAGUGGUGCACCUCUUCUCCCUUUGGGAUUCGAUGGAGUGUCGGGGUCGCAUUCGCGCUCGCCAACCCUCGUUACUGAUCCAGAUAUGAACGAGUUCGGAGUAUUGAGUCUCAGUAUGGCAGGCAUAGGUACUGCUGCGCGCAACAGCAGGAUCGAUGCUGAAUUCAGACUGAGUACUGCAGACACCGAUACCUCACCCUCGCAUAGAAGAGACGCAUCAUCAACUAGUCGGACUGACGCACGUUCACUCUCGUCGGAUUCAAGAAUUGUUCCUCUUGCGGAUGAGUUCGCUAACCUACAGCGCCCGGUGUCGAUAUCUUCCACACAUUCUUCUCGUAAAGAGAGGCCCGCUCGCUCACCUACAGGUCCAAGGCCUAAUCGAUGACCUGAUUAUUAUCUUUUUUUUUUUUCGAUAUAGCCUAGGCUCAAUCUUGCUCUCAUAACUCGGCUACUCCCCACUCAUCGAACUAUCCGUGCAUUACAACACUCUUUGUCAAUCUCACUGUACUGUACUCAAUUCAUGUAUCGGUUUCUUUUCUUUCUUUGUUGUUCACUCGGGACAAUUCUUCGCAUUUCUUAUACGUUCUGUUUUCUUCUUCUGUGUUUUUUGGUACGUACGAGUUACUACUACCGUAAACUGCCAACUAUCUUUGUCUUGUCGUUAUUUGUUUGUUUUUUUUCUGGAACACCUGUAAAAACAGACAUUUCUAUCCUAACUACAGUAGUUCGCUCCUAUCCCUCCUCACUCAAGGGUUGAUCUAUGGUCGGAACUCAAAGCAGCGCUCGAUGUUUUUCUAAAUGCGAAACGAAGAGCCAGUUGAAGGAAGUACAGUAAAAAAUGUAAUUCUAGGGAGAUGAAUUUUAACAAGCCU